AUGUCCCAAAAGUUCAAAGUGGCAGACUUUUGUUAUGGACAAGGGUACCUGGGCUUACUAGAGAACGAUACCGUUCAUCAUGCGGGAUUGUUGGCCGGACAUUUGAGCCCGAAGAAGCUGGGCAUACGCUAUCCCCUCGAAAGUGCAAUGGUGGUGGCCAGGGUAUUCUUUGAAAGGUGGAUCGCUGAGGGAAGCCGUCAGCCAAAAUGCAUCCUAUCUGAUCAGGGAGGCGAGUUCGAUAACCGACUGAUGCAAGAGCUCAAAACGCUGAUGGGUAUAGACCAUGUUUUCACGAAAGGAUACAAUCCCAGAGAGAAUGGUCUGACUGAAGAGAUCCAAUCAAACGCUCAUUCAGAUGCUGAGGGAAAAGGUCUCUGUACC